UCCUACUACUCCUAGCUAUACUUGUCCUGCCCUGCAUCUGAACAGUAGCACAGUACGGCGCAGCAGCCACAACCGUGGAGCUGGGCAUUGACCGCUGGGCUAGCCCCUGUAGGUAAGGCUAGAGGUAGAUCGCGAUGGCUUUGCUGGGCAGGUGCGCGCUGCUAAUCUCCCUCCCCGCCGUGCUGCUGCUCUCCCUCGGCGGCCGCGCCUCCGGCAUGGGCCUGCCGCCGCCGCCGCCGAUGGUGAACUUCAGCAUCGGCGUGCAGGGCGUGGUGUGGUGCAAGUCGUGCCGCUACCCCGGCUACUUCCCGCCCAUGGACGCCUCCCCGCUCCCAGGGGCGGAAGUGUACCUGCGGUGCAAGCACGGGCGGCGGGCGCUGACGGUGCCGGGGCGGUCGGGACCCGGCGGCUACUUCCUGAUCCAGACGUCGCUGCAGAUGUCGUCGUUCACGAGCCAGCAGUGCCGGUUGUACGUGCCGAGCUCGCCGGAGCGCGCGUGCGGGGUGCCCGCCUACCCGUCCGGCCGCAACAAGGGGCUCCCGCUCAAGUUCCAGGAGUUCGUCAACCGCGGCAACGGCCUGCAGGGGAUGUACUCCGUCGGCAACCGCCUCUUCCGCCCAAAGUACCCCGGCAGGUGCUACUGACGAUGACCUGAUUCUGAUCCCGCGCGCAGGGCGUGGAGGCGUACGCGUGUGGCAGAAGGGCGCGUAGGGUUUUAUAUAGUUGCCUCGUGCGCGCUUCGGGUUAGGUUGGCUGCAGGGACGACGACUUGAAGAAUAAAUCUUCUGCUAGGUUGAUUGGCUCUUGCCUCUUGGAGAGGUGGGUUAGCGGGGUGAUUUUAAUUAAUGUGCUAGUACGUGUUGAUGAUUAGCUGCUUGUGUUAAAGAGUUAAACGUAGUUCUGUUUCUGAGCGACUGGAUUGCUGUAAACCUGUAAUAAGAUGCAUAGAGCACAUGUAGCUGUUGUUUCUGAUACUUGUUAAGCCUUCUCUGUUACUGCUAGCUACCUGCUUGCAUGGGUUAAAGAAUUCGGCACUAAUUCUGUUA